AAUUCCGUACGACGUUGGUCUUGAAUAAUUUAACCCUAUCGUUCCAUAUCCACAGCAAGAAAUUUGUUCAAUUCCGAGACAAUUCUAACCUGUCCUAUAAUAGAAAAAUCCCCUAUACUUCACAUAUAGAUAUGCUUUGAAAUUCGGUUGUUGUACCCAUUUAGUCAUUCAAUUGUUGGCGGUUUUUACUAUGUGAGAUUUACAAAUGUGUAGUAAACUUGAUAUCUAAUCGAUCGAUUUGUCCAUUUAUCAGUAGCGUUCAAAAGAUUUUAUAACAAUGGCCUGCGGCUCAUUAGUUUAUAACCGGUUUAGCUGUGCGUACAACAGCUGUGCGAAAUGUGGCCCGCAUGGCUCGUUCCGCUGGUUCUGUUGAGCAAUGGAACACUUCCGGUGGGGAAGUUUAAUCCUCAAAGUGGAAACAGCAGCCGGGAGUCACAAAAUGUGGAACAUCACAGUAUCGACGAAGUGCUGCUGCUGAAUCGUCACUUUGUAGACUUUCUUGCAGGCAUCGAUGACCAAGCAGCAGAAGAUUCGGCCGAACCACAAUGUGCGAUGAUAAUGCGGCAACUAGCCUUGGCCUACAUGGACCGGGAGCGUCUCGGAUUGGAAUGGUUUGAUUCAUGGGGAAAGAUUCCUUCGGGGAUGUAUCAUCUAAAUGGAUAUGCACUGGGAAACGUCGAUCAAUGCAGGGAUAUCGCCGAAAUACGGAUGCAGCACUGUACUUUCGUAGGAGCGUUUCCAAGUGAUCUGGAACUACUGAUUUCCGGAUUAUGUGUUCCACAAUCGUGUGGACCAGAUUUUGUGCAGAUGUUGUACGGAGCUUUCUUGAGCACGCAGAGUGUCGCGUUGGUGCCGAUGAUUAAGCAGGAACUACUUUGCAUCAGAGAUGAGGAAAUUCAGUAUGAUGGAGCGUUUAUAACUGCAAUUGCGGUAUGCUCCAUAAUCGGACUUUGUGUAGUCGGCAGUACGCUGUAUGAGUUUAUUGCAGAGACACUACAGCGUGACAUCAAUACGUUGUACAGUUCGUUUUCCUUGCUGGGGAACGUUCGAAGUAUUUUGCAUCUGGUUCCACGAACUAAGGGUUCUGAAAUGAUCGAGUGUGCGCAUGGCAUCCGGGCCUUGUCCAUGAUCUGGAUUAUUGUAGUUCACGUCCACGAGUUUCUGCUCGUUUUUAUGUGGAAGAACAAUCCUACGUUGUGGAAAUACCUCGGGACGUUUGUACCUUCAGUUUUUCAGUUCACGGGCUAUCUUGCGGUAGAUACAUUUCUAGUACUCAGUGGAAUGUUGACAGCGAUGAGUAUGCUGCGAGAGUUGGACAAAAAAAGGAAAGAUCAACCCGUUGAAGUUGUAUUUCCAUCGCUAUAUCCGAGUCACAGCUCCAUUCGCCGCCAUGAUACUGUUUGUCGUAUCAUUCGCAGGAUACAUGGGCGAAGGCGUACUAUGGAAGGUCCAUAUGGACGGUUUCAAGCAGUCUUGCGUAACAAACUGGUGGGCUGCUCUACUUCACGUUCAGAACUACGUUUGCUAAAAACGAUAUGUGUUUGAUAUGGACUUGGUAUCUUUCCGUGGAUAUGCAGCUGUAUAUCAUUGCCCGGCCCUUAUCUAUCCAUUGUGGAAAUACGGAAAGCGAGUUCUAAUCGUCAUCGCAGGUCUCGCUGUACUUUCGAUGGCUUGCGUUUUGGCCACAUUCCUGUACAAUGGAUUCCGGCUGAGCGUAUUUGUUCCCGUCAUUGACAUUCGGAGGUACGCCCUAACGUACUAUUCGACACAUGCACGCAUGGCCGUUUGGUUGUGGGGUCUUGGCUUCGGAUAUAUCCUUCACAGAACAAGGGAAACCGGAGUGAACUUAUCGAAACGUCAUUGGACGGCUGGCUGGGCGACUUGUUUCACUCUGCUUGGGCUGAUCCUUUUCUCCCAUUACCAGAUCUACACUACCGAUGUUGCGGAAUUUUCCCACGUGAUAGAUGCCUUUUAUGAACCAUUGUCCCGGUCGGUUUUCAGCCUAUGCGUGAUGUGGAUAAUUUUAGCAUGUGUGAACGGCAAAGGUGGUCUUUUGGAUGAGUUUCUUGGAGCGCCCGCUUGGCAACCGCUAUCUCGGCUAUCGUUUACCAUGUAUCUCCUUCACGUUUUGCUACUGAUGAUGGCCUCGGUGGCACCGGAUAAAACGGGUAGCUAUUUCAGUGUGAUGAAUUUAUUCUACUGGAUCUGGGGAACGAUUGGACUGACGACCAGUGUAACACUGCUGUGGAGCGCCGUAUUUGAGCUGCCAUUUGUGACGCUUUCCAAGUUACUUCUCAGGAAUUGAUAUCCAUCAAUGUAGAAUCAAGAAAGUAGUUAAAUUUUGUAAAAGUGAUUUUCUCGUUUUGAUGGUAAUAUAAAACGUACGUAAAUAUAUGUGUAUUUUUGAAUCUUACACAGCUUUGAAAUUGUUAGACAAGGUCAACAUUAUGACACAGAUAAAAUAAAACAAAGUGUAAUGCAGUUAUAGAAAUAA